GAACUGUAUCAAACUCUAGAGAAUGAAGGUUUACUUAAUAAACAUUAUAAAUAUAGAUCUAUUAUAUUAAAAGCAAUAUUUAAAUUAUUAGAUGUUGAAGAACCUAAAGUUUUACUCAUGUUCUCAAGACUUAUUUUAGGGUUUAGAGUAACCAGUAAGAAUUUAAUUAAUGUAUGUAAAUUAGUAUUUAAAGUGGCUAGAAGUGAUAAAAAUGAUAAUGAGUUCUUGGAUGGCAGAAUCACAGAACUGUUACUAGAGACCAUAAAGACAGUAGACCAUGAAAGUAAUAGUGAAGCAUUAGUAUAUUGUGUUGGCGCUAUUAAGUUUUUAACUGGUAAUAGUAUUAUAGUCAAACAGCUAGCUCGUAAAGAAGCUAUUGAAAUACUGACUAAAUUACUACACAAUAUUAAUAAAACUAAUCGUGAACAAGAAAAAGUAAAUGAACAGUUUGGUCAUAUUCUUGUUCAGGUAAUGGCAGCUAUGAGAAAUUUAGCUGAUGUUGGUUCUAGUCGAGAACGCAUGUUUAAAUCUAAGUUUAUUGAAGAGUUACUGCCCUUGAUAGAAACCUAUCCUGGUGAUAGUGAUUUGAUUAUGUAUACAUCCAGAGUGUUAAGUAAAAUAACAAUGCAUACAGAUUGUGUAACAGUAUUAUGUGAACAAGCUAAUUGUUUCAAGUCUUUCAUUAUGUUAAUCAAUAAACAUAUUCAAAAAGAGAACCUAGUGGUGAGAUUAUGUUUUGUAUUAGGUAAUAUAACAGCUAAAAGAGAUGAAGCUCGGUUAAGACUAUACAAAGAAACAGAAGCCAUGAACACAUUCCUUACAGUAUUAAAAACAUAUCAUUCCAAAUUUAAACAGGUAAGAACAUUCAAAGUUGAUUCCCAAAGCAGACCAGAGACAGAUAAUGAUAGUAAAAAUAAACAGGGUGAUUAUGAAGAUGUAUUGAUAAAAGUUAUACGUGUGAUAGCUAAUUUAUCUAUUAAUGAAACAUUAGGACCAAUGAUAGCUAGUAAUGGAGACUUGGUACAGAUAUUACUCUUACUAUUAGAAGAUUGUGAUGUAUCAACUAGUGAAGAAUUAGUAUUAAAUACAAUAGCUACUAUUAAUAACUUAUCUUACUAUACAACUAAAUCUAAUGCUGUUAUAUCUAAACAGAUGGAUAUAUCUCAAGCAUUAUUGAAGACAGUUCUAUCUAAUAAUAUGGAAGGUAUGAUAGAAUGUGCUAGAGUGUUUGGUAAUCUGACACGACAGAAACAAGUACGAGAUUUCCUGUCUCAGAAUAAAGUUGAUGCUAUAAUGAUGACAUUACUAGACUCUGGUAGUUUAGAGGUGGUCUAUAUUGCUUGUGGUGUCCUCAUGAACUUUAUGACUGAUGAGGACAAACGAUUAACGUUGAAAAAGGAAGGUGCCAUUUCAAAGUUGAUAGAAGUUUUAAGAGAUUUUGGUCGUGAAGACUGGCAGUUAAGUAGUACUGUAUGUAAAGUAUUAUGUAAUUAUAGUGCCAAAAUAACCAGCUCCUCUGCUUGUUUUGGGGAGAAAGAAUCUCAAGAACUAUUAGAAAUAUUAGACGAGUAUUUAGCAUUAGAAACCCAAUUAAAUGACAGUGUUGAAGAUGAAGUAAGAGAAUACAUCAAAGAAACAUGGGAAGUAGAAUUUCGACCUGUAGCAGCAGAACUUUUAAAACGAAUUGAAACAAACCAAUCACAGUUUGAACCAUUAGAACAUCCCAGUUAA